AUGCCGUCCGUACUCUCCAAAAUCAAUCAAUCUCUUCAUCCUACAUUGUCUUCGUGCUCGGAACUUUUGCAAUUCUUAUACUAUCUUGCAUUUCGUCGACGAAACAAACCAAUUCGAGCCACCACAAACACCAGCACCACUGUCUAUAUCAAUCUCCUUCUUACGCUUGGCAUUGGUCUUUUGCUUGGUGUCUAUUAUUGGUUCCGCAAGAGAUGGUCUUUUAAAAGUAGUAGAAGAACCUUUUCCAACCAAAAGUCUUCUUCCUUGCCAUCCACCACUUCAACCAAUCCUUUAAUGCCAUCCACCAACAAGGAAGAUCCAACAUUAGUCGAGAAAACAAUAAUCCAAGAACCAUCCUUAGGACAGGUAUCGCCACCAGUACUUCAUCAAAGAGAAUUCUCUUCAGAGAACCCCAAACGACAAGAAUUUGCUUCCGUUUUCAUCACCACAUUCAUACAUCAGAUAUGCACUCUUUGCAUGAAUGUCUUUUCAAAAAAGAAUUACAAAGAGAAGGUUCCAAAAGCAUUGGCAAUUUCUGCAACAUGUAUUUCGGUGAUGAUUUUGCAAUCGUUGGUCCUAAGGUCGAGAGCAAAUUGGUAA